AUGGCCUUGGGUGCCUGGCAGCGGCUACCUGCAUCUGUCGUUCUGCAAGUGCUGCUGCUCAGCGUGCCGCAAGAUCUGCAGUUCGAGGACGGCCGCCCGUCGUGGCCCAGAGGUAGAUCUGGUGCCCUCCUCGCCACUGCGCAGAUUGAACAGUGUCACGCGGAGUGCAGCAAAUGCCAUUUGUUCGACUUCGACUUGUCAUGGCACUGUCUGGAGUGCAAUCCCGGCUUCGACCUUUGGGUUGACGGCUGCUUCCUGCCUUGCCCCGCCGGGCAGUACCGGUAUGGAUACGACUGCCUUGAGUGCCCUCCGAACUGCGAUGUCUGUGUGGGCGGACUUGCCCAUGAGUGCCAGGUCUGCUCACCCGGAUAUACCUUCGACUUCCGUGGCCUCUGUGUCAGGGAGUGCAAUCGCGGGCGAUACGCCCCGGCCAACGACCGCACGCGGUGUGACGAGUGCGACGCUUACUGCAGGGAGUGCAUCGCUGGGACGCGAAUAUCGUGCUCAAGCUGCUACUCUGGCUACACCCUGCGGAUACUGGAUGCCAACACCAACACAGGUGAGUGCAUGCAGGACUGUCGGAAGGGCUUCUUCCGCGAUUCGCCGAACGACCUGAGAUGCAUCCAAUGCGGAAAGCACUGCAUCGACUGCAACUCGCUGUACAACUGCUUCGAAUGUGAGACGGGUGCGACCCUCUUCCGGGGCAUCUGCUACUUGAUCCCCACCGGCACGGUGGACUCCACAGUGGAUUUCGAAGAGUACCUGUCUUCUGGAGCUGGAGCCACCUGGGACCCCAACGAUGCUCCGAGUUGGCAGCUGCUCGUGGCCCAGGCCCGGCGGCUCCUAUCUGAAGAUCCCUUACAUUGGGAUCCGGGAAGCUUGAGCAACUGGGGAAACCCGGCCGUGGAGGUUGUCGGAACGCAGUGA